UAAAAUUAAAAAGAAAUGGACACGUUUGCACUAAAAAGACACGAAGGGGAGAGAGCUGCCGAGAAAGAAGAGAAGCCAAGGAGCGCAGAGCAGUGAUCGAGCUACACAAUCAGAACCGUCCUAACUUCAAUCACAAAUUGAAUUCAAAACGCAAUACCCAAUAGAAAAUGCAGUCCAAAUUUUCAAAAAUUUGAAAAAAAAAUAAAUUUGAUGAGCAGAGAGCCAAAAUUUUCAAGCCGCGAAGGACCAUAACCCAACUUAUUGAGCGUCAAGUUCAUUAAGUGCUUAUACUUUUACGGUUCGUGAAGUUCGUGGGAGGUCGUGGUUGUUUUUGGUGAUUUGAACUUAGGGUUUUGAUUCAUUCUGUAUUUGGAUGAAUUGGGUUUGUUUUCGUGCGUUUGGAAUGACUCGUGCUGUGAGAUUGAUCUUUUAGGGUUUUGGUUUCUUGCGAAGAUGAGAUUUGGGUUUGCAUUGUAUUGUGGCUGGGUGGGUGAAUUUGGGUUGUCUGGAAACGGAAAUAACUGAAAUUUGCUCUGGAAGUGAGAUUUCUGGGAUUUUAAAAUUAUUUUGGUGGAUCUCUUUUUUUUUUUUUUUUUUUUUUUUUUUUUGAGUCUAUCUCUUAAGAUAUGCAGAGUUUUAGAUUUUGAUUUCCAUGUGAGCCUAUGGGGGUGGAGGAAUUUGUGGUUCUUCUGAUGCAGGAAUAACAAGAAUUCUGUGGGGUUUAUUUUUGGGAUUUUUAGUUUUGUGAAGGUGUAUGAAUCUGUUCGUUGAGAAAUGCAACCUCAACAAAGUUCUAGAAUUGAUUUGGUUGAAUUGAAAACUCAGAUAGUGAAAAAGAUUGGGGUUGAUAGGUCAAAGAAGUAUUUUUAUACUUUGAAUAGGUUUUUGAAUCAGAAAAUAAAUAAGAUUCAGUUUGAUCAGAUUUGCUUUCGCCUACUUGGAAGGGAGAAUCUUCCCCUGCAUAAUCAAUUGCUUUUUGCAAUCUUGAAAAAUGCAUGUCAAGCUAAGUCCCCGCCACCAUUUAAUGAGACAAAGCUUACGAAAUCUGUAACUCAAGGAAUAAAAGGUUCUCCCAGUAGAGAAGAUGGGCAUGAACCAAGUGGCUCACUUGCUCCAAGUCAGAAUCAAAGUGCUCCUAUACGGUCGAAUGGAGUUUUGCCAGUGUCCCCACGAAAGGUUAGAUCCGAGGGUCGUGAUCGGAAGGUCAGGGAUAGGUCUAGUUUGCUGGGACCAAAUGGAAAGGUUGAAUGUGUUUCUCAGCAGUCAUUAGGUACAGAAGAUAGUGGUGGUAAGCUUCAUCUGGAAAAUGGGGAUUUAACACCUUGUGAUUAUCAGAGACCAGUGCACCAUCUUCAUGCAGUUGCAGAGCAACCUGAUAAUGAAAAGGACAGAUCAGUUCGAGCCACUGAAAGACCAAGGAUACCAAGUAAAGAUCGAGCUGGAGUUGGUUUAUUUGAAGAUGGGGAAGAAGUGGAGCAAGCUAACCAAUUGAUUUUCUCUAGGAGUCCUCUAGUUGCUCCCCUUGGGAUUCCAUUUUGCUCAGCUAGUGUAGGUGGGACCCGUAAAACUAUUCCUGUACAAAGUACUGGUGAGUUUGUCAGCUAUUACGACAGCUGUGGUUUGUGUGAUAGUGAGACACUUAGGAAACGUAUGGAGCAGAUUGCUGCAGCUCAGGGCCUUGGAACUGUUUCACUGGAAUGUGCUAAUACUCUUAAUACCAUGUUAGAUGUGUAUCUGAAGAAGUUGAUCCAGUCAUGUGUGGAGUUGGUUGGAUCAAGGUCUGCACAUGAGCCAAGAAAGCAUAUCAUCAACAAGCAACAGAUUCAGGGCAGAGUUAUAAAUGGGAUUUGGCCUAGUAAUCACUUCCAUGUUCAGAAUAGUAGUCGUCAUCUGGAAAUUAUGCAGAACCAAAGACCACAAUGCUCGAUAUCUUUGCUUGAUUUCAGGGUUGCAAUGGAGCUGAAUCCACAGCAACUUGGAGAAGAUUGGCCAUUGCUGCUGGACAAAAUUUGCAUGGAAUCUUUCGAGGAAUGAAAAUGCAUAGAAAGAGUUUUUUUUGUCCCAUAAUUAUGGUUGGGUCAGUCUGUUCUGGUUCAGAUGGUAACUAUUGGUGAAAAUCUUUGAAGCUCCCAGUUCAUACAUAUUGCAGGCUGAACCAGCUGGCCGUCUUUCAGCUUUAUGCCAUGGCCCCUUGAAAGAUACGAAUUCUUGUGUUCUGCAGAUCCCAGAUGCAUCAGCAUCUCAUUCAACGGCAACCAAGCAAGUCUCAUCCUUGGCUGCCCAUUGUAUGAUUAAAAUUGAUGUCGGCUGUCUCCUGCCAUUGCGACAGAUCUCGACUUUCCCAUGUAUAUUACAGCCAAUGAGGAGGAAAUCUAAGAAAGUUUUGCAGGAAUACUGUUUUGUGGCUUGAUGAAAGGUAUAAUCAAUCACUCGAGUUAGAGCUGCAGUUUGCUCUGUAUGUAAUUUAGGAUCUGAGAAUUGAUUGGAAUUCCAACAUUAAUAACAAAUUGACAUCCAUUUAA